AUGCAUAAUAACCAAUGGGUCGAUGUUGAACCAAUUGAACAAGGUUUGGUUGUUAACAUUGGUGACUUUCUUCAGAUCCUUUCAAAUGACAAAUUUGUAAGCAUAAAUCAUAGAGUUGUAGCGAAAAAGGUAGGACCGAGGAUAUCAGCAGCAUGCUUCUUCACUGAGAAGAAUGACCUGGCGCCAUAUCGCCAAGCAGCAGCAAAAAUCACACAUAAACCUUUAGAAAAGAUAUCAGCAUUUUAUUUGCUGAAAACAACCAUUGAGUACUUAAACAAUGUCACAAAACUAGGAGGAAUUCUUUUUGACUUACUAUCCGAAGCUCUUGGGCUAAAACCAGACCACUUGAAAGCCAUCGAAUGUGCCAAAGGACAAGCAAUGGCAUGCCACUACUACCCUGCCUGCCCACAGCCAGAGCUAACUCUUGGUGUCAAUAAGCAUACAGAUACUUCCUUCUUCCCAAUCUUGCUUCAAGAUCAAAAUGGUGGCCUUCAAGUUGUGCAUAAUAACCAAUGGGUCGAUGUUGAACCGAUUGAACAUGGUUUGGUUGUUAACAUUGUUGACUUUCUUCAGAUCCUUUCGAAUGACAAGUUUGUAAGCGUAAACCAUAGAGUUGUAGCGAAUAAGACUGUGAAGAGAGACCGAGCACCACGUCGCCUAGCACCAUCAAUGAACAUCACUAUAAUACUUCAGAAAACCUAA